AUGAGUCAAUGCAAGCCCCUCUCCACUCCUAUGGCGUUGAAUGAAAAUUUUCAAGUUAACGGCGAUGGUGAGAAAGCUGACUCAAGUAGUUAUAGAAAGUUGAUUGGUUCCUUAAUCUAUCUCAACACAAGACCGGAUAUCACAUAUUCGCCGCAAAAAGAAUCCUUAGAUAUCUUAAAGGAUCAAAAACUCAAGACAUUGAAUUCAAAAAGGAAAGUGAAUGUAAGUUGGUUUGGUAUACAGAUACUGAUUGGGCAGGCUCGAUUGAUAAUCGAAAAAGUAACUCCGGUUAUAUCUUUUGUCUUGGAUCAAAUAUUUAUAAGCUAUAGGAGAUUCUUGGAGGAUGGAAGGUCUAUGAGAUGGAAUUACUACCAACCUUGCAUGGAUCCAGAUUUCACUCUUGGAACCGGUCCUCAUUCUGAUCCAACGUCUUUGACAUUCCUCCAUCAAGAUCAAGUUUCAAACAAUAAGUGGCAAACCAUUCCACCCGACGCUUUUGUAAUCAACAUCGGCAACACUUUCAUGGCAUUAACGAAUGGGAAAUACAAGAACUGCGUACACAGGGCAGUGGUUUUCUUCUCAUCUCCCAGAGAAUAUAAGGUGGUGAGGCCACCAGAGGAGCUCCUCUUUGUGAAUGGUGAUAAUAAUGAUAAUUUAGAAAAAGAUGGACAAAAAACAAAUCAAAGAAUGUGCUGCAGUAGUAGGAAGAAAUACUCAUAUUUCACAUGGUCCGAUUUGUUCGUUUUUACCCAGAAUCAUUACAGAGCUGAUUGUUCUACUCUUCACGAUUUCUUCACCCAUUUAUAUGAUAUAUUUAUCUUCCCCAUUCGCAACUACUUUCAAUAUCAAAAAAGGGAUGACACAGCUAAUUAA